UCUCUAUUUUUUUUUCCUCACCAUCAUAGCCAAAACACUCUCCACAGAGUGUAGGUUGAAGAUGCCACUGGAGUAUACUCCUCUUUCCCAGCUCAAUUCAUCUAAAAAAUAAUGGAAAAUCCGAGUCUUGGUCUCACGGGUAUGGAACAACUACUCCUAAAAUAAACCUGAAGUUGUUCUCGGGAUGGAAGCUAUCCUUGUGGAUGAAAAGGGAGAAAGGAUUCAAGCUUCUGUGAAACAGAAGUUUAUUAAAAAAUUUGGAAGGGACCUAAAAGAAGGAGAGUAUCUAGACGUCAUGAAUUUUGAAGUGUUGGGUAACAAUGGUGAUUACAGAGGAACCACACACCCUUACAAGAUAAGUUUUAUAUGGACUAUAUAUAUGAAGACCUCUGAGCAGAUCCCAAAUCUAUCCCGCUUCAACUUAAGCCAUUUUCUAGAUAUUUUAUCUCAGUCCAAUGUUGAUGAUGUCUUCAUAGACAUACUGGGUGAAAUUGUUGGCAUGGGUGAAAUUACUGAGAGGAAGUAUGCAGGACAUUCAACAAAACUUUUGGAUAUUCAACUACGAGAUCUGAGUGAAACAAUCAUUGAAUGCACUUUAUGGGAAAACCGUGCUGAGGAUGUGCACUCUUAUGUGAAGAACAACAAAACUGGUCCAGUUAUAUUGCUUGGACGUGUUAUGAGGACCAAAAAAAUUAAUGAUCAGAUAAGUGAAUUUAAGAAAGGAAUGGUGAACACUGAUAAUUUGGCUUCAUCUACGGUAACUCCAAUGGUAAAACCCACUUCAAAAGGGAAUUCCUUGGUUCUAUGUUGGGUGCAAAGGCUGUUGUGGGAAAGCUACUCCAUAUUUCAACCCAGUGACUGAGGAAAUUGAGGCCAACAAAUAUGCAUGCGACUCUUGCGAGAAGGAUGAAACCAUCACAAGUAUAAGGUACAAACUGCAAGUCAAAGUAGCUGAUCAUACUGGAAGUACAUCUUUUCUAUUAUUUGAUAGAGAAGUUAUACAACUCAUUCAUAAAUCUGCUUAUGAAUUGCUUGAACAACAAGUGCAGUUUAACCGUGAGAAUGAAAUUACUCAAGAACUAAUGGAUUUGGACGGAAGAAAGAUCGUUUGUGUUAUCCGUGUAAAGGGUACGGAGAAAAAUUUCAGACAACCAAGUUUUAACGUUGUCAAACUCAGUGAUACGCCUGAUGUGAUCCAUAAUUUUCAAGAUAAUAUGAGAAUGGAGGUUGGUACACAUUCCGAUUUCCCUUUAAGUUCAAGUACAUGUUCUGCAAUGCAGGUUAAAGAC